AUGCCGUUCCUUGGUUGGCCAUAUAUCCAGGGCGAGUCAGCAUGGGGGCCCAAUACUGGCCUCUACGAGUUCUGCGAAAUGGAUUACUACAUCACUCCCUACAUCGCCGAGUUCAUUUCCGUCCUGACCAACGUUGGAUACAUUUCCCUCGGGAUACGUGGCAUCCGCAACAACCACCGUAACUCCAACGACCAAGUCGUGAACCUCUGCUAUGGCAACCUGAUAUUCGUCGGCGUCGGCUCGGCCCUGUACCACAUGAAUCUCAAAUACUUCACGCAGAUGAUUGAUGAAGCAUCAAUGCUCUACGCCACCGCCGCCAUCCUCUACGGCUCGCUGAGCAUCACCAUGGGCAGCACGUCCCGAAAAUCGCUCGCCACCUUCCUCACCGGCGUCAUCAUCGCCGCCUCCAUCGCCCACUUCAUCAUCUGCGACGUGCAGACGUUCCGGCGCACCUUCCUCGUCAUGCUCUUCACCAACCUGGGCCAGUGCAUCUGGCUCUUCUCGUCGCGCGUCCCGGACGUCGGAGUGAAACGUGCCGCCCGGUGCCUGGCCCUGUACGGAACCUGCUCCUUCAUCCUCGGCUUCUCCCUCUGGGACAUAGACAACAAAUUCUGCGCGCAGCUGACGCACGCGCGCGCCCUCGUCGGCAUGCCGCUGGGCUUCCUCACGGAGCUGCACGGCUGGUGGCACCUCUGGACGGGCGUCGGCACCUACCACUUCAUCGUCUUCAUCGAGUACCUGCGCACCUACAUCAAGGCCGUCGAGGAGGCGGAGGAGAGCAGCAGCAGCAGCAGCAGCAAACGCAAACGCAAACGCAAACCUCCCCCCACCUUGGUGUGGCCGAGUCGCUUUUCCUUGCCUUACGUGACAGAUCUGCGUGCCGCCACCACCAAGUAG